AUGCGUGCCUUCAACCUUCUCCUCGUCGCGCCACUCGCUCUCGCUUCCGUCGUGAAACGACAAUCGGCCUCCGCCACCAACGAGGGAAUCACUGCCAUCAGCGAGGCUGUUGAGGCUCUCACCAAUGCUGUAAACGCCUACAAGGGCGGUGCUGUCGAGGCCGGACCAGUCUUCAAUGCAUCAUUGGAAGUGCAUCGUGUAAAUCGUGCGGCCAAAGCUGCUGCUGAUGCCUCUGGACGCUUUUCAUCCGAGGAAUCAAAGGCCAUUGUCGACAAUGUCUUCUCCAGCGUCGGUGUUACUAUUCCAAUCUCUGUGAAGGCUAUUGAGGCGAAGAAGCCUUUGUUCGAUGCGGCAGAGAUCACGAGUUUGGUCAAGGCUACGAUUGAUCUUUUGCAGUUUGAUCACAGGACGUUUUCGCUUUCUACUGGUGCUAAGUUGAGUUUAGACCAAGUUGCGAGCGGGCUGAUUGGUGCUGGCGAGAUCGAUGCCGUGCUCACGGGCGCGUCUCUGUUUUAUACACUUUGA